GGUAUUACAUAAUCAUAUGUUAGAAUUUUGUUGUGUCAAAUUUGUUAGUUGUCAAUCAACUCGAAAUUUUUAGUGUCUUAAAUCGAAUUUGUUAAAUUUUGAGUGAAAAUAUGGCGCAACGGCGUUACUGUUCCGAUAAUGGCGGAAAGAACGCGCCGUCGGUACCACCAGCGAAUAUAGUUUCUUGUCCAUUAUCAAAAAAUAAAUCGCAAACGUCUGAAAAUACUACCACUUCACUAUCGACCGUACCUUGCCCGGCACUAUCAGGAGCAGUUGCAGAAGAUGCUCAAAUGUUUGAUGUUUUGCCAUGUCCGAAUAUUGAACGAUUCCAAAGUCGUUAUGCUGUAAUAGUUGAUGUCGCACCGAUGAAUAGAAAACCCAAAGAACCAGAUCCAGAAACGGAACGUCUAGAGAGGAAACAAAAGGUGGAAGAAAGAUGGAAAAGUAUCAUGGAAGUUAGUGACAAUAUUAUUCCUAUUGACUACCCCAAUCCCGAUUUAAAUAACAGCCGUCUCGACGACUGCAUAAUAUUAUGUUACGCGAACCAGGGAUCGUGGGAAAAGUUGAUAGAAUUGUCGGCGAAUCUAUUGAAAGAUGAAAGGCUACCGUGCGAUUUCGAAGGGGAACUUAACGAAGAACAUGACGACAAUUACAAAUAUUAAGAAUAUUAGUAACAAACAUUUUUUAAAUAUAAAAUUUAAACAUUGA